AUGCCAUCCAUGCUUUGAACUCUGGAUGCAAAUGUAAUAGACGUCCUCUUUUGUAAUUUGAUUCACUCGCAAUUAGGUCAGAAUUUGAAGUAAAAGGAAAUUCAAAAUUGAGCUCAAGGAAAACGACCAUGGCGUCGAAACGACUGAAAGAAGUAGAAAACGACAAGUUAAGCACUCUACCAGACCCUAUUCUCUGCCACAUACUCUCCUUUCUCCCAACGAGAACCUCCGUCGCGAAUAUGAGCCUCGUGUCUCGCAGGUGGCGCCACCUCUGGAAGCAUCUCGACGCCUUCCACUUCGACGACUCCGACUGGAACGGCGAAUUUCGGAAAACGUUCAAAAGGUUUGCAUUUUUUGUAAAUGCCGUGCUUUCCCUCCGUAAAUCCCGCGACAUUCGAAAAUUCCAUCUCAGUUGCACCAUCUCGGAUUUUUACAAGUUUUCCGGCGACUGCAUUGACGUGUGGCUCGACGCUGCCCUCGGGCCCCACCUUGAAGAACUGGAUCUCACAAUUGACAACGCCUAUGGAUCACGACUCUGUCUCCUCCCUCAUUCUUUCUUCAACUGUACCAAUCUCGUUUCUCUCAGUCUACUUGGUUCAAUCCAUAUGAGGAUCCAUUCUUCGGUUCAUUUUCCGUCGUUGAAGAAGUUGAAAAUCGACCCAGGCAUUAUGGAGCUUGAUACAGACAUUGUGCAAAACAAGAUUGACAUUAUGGUUCCAUUAGUUCCCUUUCUCUCUGGCUGCCCCGUGCUACAAACUAUUGAUACUUACUUUGAUUGUUCAUUCUUGACCAAAGUUCCAGUGCCACCUUCCUCCAAUAGGUUGAAAUCUUCCCAACGGAGUUUCUCUUGGACUUGCCUUGAAAUAGAUUCUGAUUGGCUUAAACCAAUGGGCAUUGGUGGCAUAGCCAAAACCACACUGGGUAUCAUUGGCAACUUUCAAAAUGUGGAGGAAGCAUAUCUCGAUGUUUUUUCUCUGCGCCAGAGUGAUUUUGUUGACCCUAUACUCUCCCUCCUCCACCAUCAAAAUGGUGAUUUACAUCUACUUUUCCGUCAUUCCACAUCAAAGUGGCCACUUUGCAACCCAGUUCUAAAUUAUCCAGAAUUUUGCAAUUUAAAUCAUUUGAAGUUCAUUCUUCCUUGCUUCAACAAUAAUCUGAUGCUCAACGUGCUUGUGAAAUGUCAUGUGCUUCAAGUUCUCAUAAUUCAAUGUAGCAAGGAGGAACCACCACCUUUUGGAUCAGGGGAGCCAAAGACAACAACGGUUCCAACAUGUCUCAAAUCCCACCUGACAUAUAUUCACAUAGAAGGAUAUCAAGGAUUCGAAGAUGAGCUAGCAUUUGCUGAAUAUGUUUUGAAUAACGGACAGAUUUUGGACACAAUGCUUAUUUCAUUUGAUACUUCAAUGGACCUCACAAACAAGUAUUGUUCUCGCAAAAGAUUAACCGAUAUACCAAGGAGCUCUGUCGCAUGCCAACUUAAAUUUGACUCAAAUGUGUCACCUUAAGUGCUUGAGUGGACUGCCAUGAUUUCUGAAGCUGGGGAUUCAUGUUUGGUGUUUGGUCAGAUUCUUACGGCGUCUUGAAAAGAUGACAAUGGGAGCAAAUGUAUGAAUAUGUAUUUUCCAUUUCAGCUGAGUUCAACAAAAAUAAUUCAUACUUUAAAAUUGUGAAGGAAAUCAAGUUUUUCAGUUGUUAAUAUUCAUUGAUAAAUGCAAAUUUGAAAUUCUGCAUUUUUGUUCAAUUAAAGAAAAAUCAAUAUUACACAAAUCCACCAAAAAAAUCAAUAGUUUUCA